UACAAAGCCAUCUUGUUUCCGCCAUGUAAAAGUUCGGGUUGGACUGAUCAUACACUUCCUAGCCGACUGUUGAUAUCGUCACUGAAAGAAUCUUGACUACCGAUUUCAUUCUCUGGCUCAAUCUCGGGUUCUUCUCUUCCACCAGCACCUUCUACCAACCCUCCAACUACCUUCUGCGCCGGAUCCGAGUUUACCGCUCCACCACAUUAGAUCCAGGCAGUCUUUGACGACAACAUUCUGGGAUACCAGCGACCAUCAACGUCUAUUCUGGAUACGAAAUCUCUGCUCCCAACUUACCUCCACAACGCAAUUCGACCCAUCCUGUCCGAUCAUGGCGAGACCACGAAGCGGCACACCUCCAGAGAGGAUAAACCCUCACUCUCCCCCACAACUCUCCAAACUCGACAAGCGACGGAAGCAGAUCGCUGACAAGAUCGAAGAUAUGAACACGGCGUUUGGGGUCCACCUACGAUUUCACUAUGAGGCCCAACAGCUGGCUCUCCAUGUCGACAUGAACAUGGUGUUGAAGGCCAAGCCGUACGACGGACCGCUAGACGACAGCCCGGAUACAAUCAAGAAGCUCAUAGCAGAGGAGCUGGGCUCGCAUGAAUUUACUAUGGACGACGCGCAACGCGAUUUUGAUGCGGAAGCAGGCAGGUUCUACCAAGCCUAUGUGCGGACGGUCAAUGACCAUUAUUCGGCACGAGACAGCGAUUUGUCGAUGCUUGCGACGCGCUACCAGAGGGAUGUAACAACCAUCGAAGACCGAGCCGCGUUUUUGGUUGCGACCGCUGAAGAAGAGCACAAGAUCCUGUCACGAACCGUCCGCGAACGCCUGAUAAACCAGCUGAAUGCCCGGAAAGCCCGUCUCGUGCGGGAGAAGGACCAGCUGGAUAUUGCCGACACGAACGCCCAGCAGCUUCAUCCUAUUCAAUUCUCCUUGGGUGACCUGAACAACCCUGGUGCAACCCAACAUCCGCGCAAGACACGGCAUGCGCGGCACAAAGCAAUGGACCGCGAUCGAGAGGAGCUGCUCGGGGCCCCCACCGGCCAAGAUAAUACUCGGAAGCGCAAAGCCGCUUUCGAAGACGACAACGACACCCCCACCCCCGGCGCCAUCGGCACCGACCUCAGCGGCGGUUCCGGCUUCGAAUCCAAACGCCAACGCACCACCGACAAGACCGAACACCCCGUCCACUCCGUCAACCGCCUGUUCACCGAAAAAGAACUCUCCCUCGCCACCAACAAAGCCGCGCAAGCCGCCCAGAUCCAUCUCCACCGUCUCCGCCGUCAAACCAGCGGCAUGCAGGCCAACGGCGCCCCCAACGGCGUCAACAGCACGCACCCCGGCAACGGUGACGAUGGCGCCACGCCCGCGAUCGGCGACGAAAUUGACGACAACGACACCCCCGGUGCGCCGGAGAUGGAGCGCAACAUAUCCCAAACGCACCAUGCGACGCGCGGGGCGGUGCGCAACGAGCGGUUCGCGAACUUCCGGCUGGUUCCCGCGACGCGGAUCAUGUACCGGACGAUCUACGAAUCGCGGGGGCGGAUUGAGGCGAAGCAGAAGCCGGAGGUGAUUCCGCUGACGGAGGAAGAGGUGGAAGAUGACCUGCACCGGAUCGUGGAGAUGGGGGACCCCGGGGAGGAGGGGUUGAAUUCGUUGCUGGAUGCGAGUUUGGGGCCGGUGAAUGCGUUGGGGGAUGAG